AUGCCGGCGGACAAAUCGAGGAAGCGCAAGGCGGACAAGGACCUGCAGAGAUACUACGCUGUGCGCGUCGGUCUCCGGCCAGACAAGUCUUUUUUCACACGCGAAGAGGCCCAGGCUUUUGUGGAAGGCAAGUUCGUACCCGCGCCAGCUGGAGAAAAGCCCGCUCCUCCGAGAUACUAUGCCGUCGCGCGUGGUAAUUUCACGGGCAUCUUCGUCAACGACUGGGAUACGGUUUCCUUGGCAAUCAAGGAUGCCAAAGGGCCUAAGUAUAAGAGGUUCGACACAUACACCGGCGCGUUGGAGUUCAUCAGGGAAUGGGGCAAUGAGGAAACGAUUGCCGGCGCUGAGGCCGGCGCCCUGAAUGCGGGUAUCAAGGUUCUGCCCAGGAAGCCAGCCACCAGCGCCGCAACGAAGGCCACGAAGGUGAAGAAGGAGACCGACGAUGAGAUGGAGGCAGAGAUAAAUGAGGAUUCUGAGGACGAUUCCGUGGAACAGGAGGUACUGAACUUGCCGCAAAUUUAUACCGACGGAUCUUCGGCGGGCAACGGAACACCCUCCGCCAGGGCCGGCGUAGGCGUCUACUUCGGACCCAACGAUGCAAGAAACAUAUCUGAACCCCUCGAGGGCGAACUACAAACGAAUCAGCGAGCAGAACUCACCGCCGUCCUUCGAGCACUCGAGUACACCUCGGUCACUCAGGACGUCCAAAUCUGGACGGAUAGCAAAUACUCGAGGAACUGCGUCACUCGAGACUGCCAAAAGUGGAUGAGCAACGGCUGGAAGACGUUGAAUAAAAAGGACGUCAAAAAUCAGGACUUGAUCAAGGCAAUCAUCGAUCACCUCAACAGGCGAGAGGCUGCAGGGACAAUAACGAGCAUCAACUGGGUCAAGGGUCACACCACAAAGCGAGGUCAGACAGCUGCAGGCAAUAGGGCUGCGGAUGAGCUCGCCACGGCCGGUGCAAGGAAAACUUUGCCAACGAAGUCAAGAAGAAAGCUCAAGUGA